AUGUCCAUCAUCUCAGUUAUGCUCCUUGUUAUAUUCUUGAUCAUUUUAAUCCUUCGACGGCUCAAGUCCACCAAAAGUUACAAUGGCAAAACUUACAGAGAGAAUAGCAUCAUCAGCAGCAACACAAGAAGCAGGUUCAUUGCUCAAACCUCAAUGCCCACCUUCAAUUCCAGCCCAGAUGUGAAGGGUGGGUGCCUAAACCUCCAAGGAGGGGAUUCUGGAAGGUCAGUGCUUAAGACAACAGCAGAAAUACUCACAGCACCAAACAGACACAGAAGAGGAGGGGGAGGAGCAGUCCAAGUGUUUUCAUACAAGGAACUUGAGGUGGCCACUGAGAAAUUUAGUGAAGCAAACGUGAUAGGGCAGGGUGUGUUUGGGGUUGUGUAUAGGGGGAUCCUCAGAGAUGGGACUGUGGCUGCAAUUAAGAUGCUGCAUAGAGAAGGAAGGCAAGGGGAGCGUGCUUUCAGGCUUGAGGUGGAUCUACUAAGCCGAUUGCAUUCUCCAUACUUGGUGGAGCUACUUGGCUAUUGUGCUGACCAACAUCAUAGGCUCCUAAUAUUUGAAUACAUGCCCAAUGGUACCCUACAACACCAUCUCCAUUCCACAAACAACCAUAAGCCGUUGGAUUGGGGGACCCGAUUGAGGAUAGCCCUUGAUUGUGCCAAGGCCCUUGAGUUCCUCCAUGAGCAUGCCAUCCCACCUGUCAUACACCGUGACUUCAAGUGCACCAGCAUUCUACUUGAUCAAAACUUCCGUGCCAAGGUGUCGGAUUUCGGAUUGGCCAAGAUGGGUUCUGAGAAGAUCAACGGUCAGAUUUCGACCACGGGGUAUUUGGCACCAGAGUAUGCCUCCACAGGACAGCUUACUACAAAAUCAGAUGUGUACAGCUAUGGUGCUGUUCUUUUAGAGCUGUUAACCGGGCGUGUGCCAGUUGAUACCAAGAGGCCUCCUGGAGAGCGUGUCCUUGUCUCAUGGGCUCUUCCAAGGUUAACUACCAGAGAAAAAAUAUUGGAAAUGGUUGAUCCAUCUCUAAGAGGGCAAUACUCAAACAGGGAUCUAAUUCAGAUAGCUGCUAUUGCUGCAAUGUGUGUGCAGCCAGAAGCUGAAUACCGGCCUCUAAUGGCAGAUGUUGUACCGUCUCUAAUUCCUCUGGUUAAGAACUCUGGUUAUGUUGGUUCCUCUGGCUCCUCUAGAUUUCAGAAUCAGGUAGCAAGUCCGAGGUAUUAG